CUCGUAGCCGCCUAUGAUGUUGACGAGGAGGGUGAGGAAAAAGCAGGUGAAAACGAAGCCACCAAUCCCGCUGGCGUCUGGGCUUCUUGUCCUGAUUCCAUAUCAGCGGAGCUGCAACUCAUCUGCCGAGAGGAGCUUCUUAGGUGUCUCGAAGAGAUGGGUUCUUGGCAGGAGCUCGACGAGCUGGCUACUAGCACCGCCAGUUCUCUCUUGGGGGCGUCUUCCCCGAGUCCUGAGGGUGCCACUACCACCUCCUCCUCAGCCCUCGUCGCCAGCGCCAGCACGACAAGCAAGGACUCGCUCGUACAGGCCGAAAUUGAAGCACGCUGUGGGACCGUUUCUGUCAGUCAGGAGCAACUGCAGCGUCUUGAGGACAUUCUACAGCCGAGACUCAAUGCCGUCGAUAUGGGUUCCUACUUUGAGUCAAAGUACCCUUACGAAUUGGCUAUUCUUAGUGUUCUCGAAAACAAUUGGCCAAAGGCAAGGUCAUUUUGCGAGGCCGCUUUUAAACAACUGUCGCAGGUGGGUUUUCGUUCUUAUUCCUUUACUUCAUCUUUUAUUUCACUUGAAAGUUAAAUUAAACUAA